UCAGAAAGAAGAAGUAGGUGGCAUUUUUAGGAACAAAUUUUUUACAGGUUAUAUUUAUUUUAUGCACAUUUUAGUUUGUACAAUAUAAUUGUAUUUAAUUAUAUAACAAUAACUGAAGAACUGUACACCUUAGGGAAUGCCUUAAUAAUUAAAUAUUUUUCUAGAUUCAAAUAAACAAUACAGGAACAAAAAAUCGUUUGAAGAAUCAUCAACCACCAGUCCAACCAAAAAUUUUUAACUACAAACUGUUACCAUCAAAUUGUUAUUUGAUGUAGCUCCAAAAUGAUGUUGAAAUAAGGAAUAUGUAUCAUUCUUUUUCGUAAUAUUUGUUAAUAGGUUAUAAGAAAAUAGGUAUCAUUAAUAAAAUUUCAAUGUUUGUUAAUUACUGUGGAGAUUCUAUUUGUUUUGUGCUGUGGUGUCCACUUUUUGUAUUUCUAAAAUUCAGCUCAUGCUUGACAUCUUAAUUAACAUUUAUUGAAAAUGACUGCCACUCAAAUGUUGGCUUUUUCUAUUCCACCAUGCUCAGUUGACUCUAUUUGUCGUGUUUGCCUUAUGGAACAGAGUGAGAUGAUUUCAAUUUAUGAAGUUAACCUACUGGAUAAUUUCAAAAGUACUUCAAGUAAUCCCGGUAAAACCGAUUUGGUAUCGAUUUUUGGAAAAUACUGCAACAUUAAGGUGGAGACAAAUGACCAAAAGCCACAGCAAAUAUGCGCCCCUUGCCUUAGUGCCAUUUGUAAUUCUUACAACAUUUUUGAAACAUUCAAGCAGUCAGAUCAAAUCUUAAGUAAAGCUUUGAAUUGGACUAAAGCAAAUGGUACUUUAAAGGUUAAAUUAGAGUUUAGAAAUGAUGUUGGAGCUUGUGAUGAAAUUAAAGAUCUGGAAAACACUUGCUUCAAUGAGAAAAUUCAAGUUUCUAAACCUGAAGCUUCAAGAGAUUUGCAAAAGGUGACAGAAAGGGUUUUAAACAGAACAGAGAAAAAAGAACAACCAAAAAUAGAAAAAGUUUUCAAGAAAACAGAGAAAAGAGAACGACCAAAAAUGUUGUAUAAGAAUGGAGAAGCAAUGGUCUGCAAAUUUUGCAAUGGAAAGUUUGUUAAUGUGCAUAAGUUAAUUGAGCACUACUUUGAAAAUCAUAGGGAGAAAAGAAGCUGCCCUAUUUGUUCUAAAUCAUUAGAUGGAGAACGGCUAAAGUACCACAUGAGCAUUCAUGCCGCAAGCCAUUAUUCAUGCCGGAAAUGUUACACAUAUUUUAAUUCAGAGGUGAAGCUUAAUGAACAUAUUCAGCAGUUUGAUCACAGUAUGCCCUUUACUUGUCCCUUGUGCUCAAAAACUUUUAAUUCUAAAAAGUCGCGAAACAAACAUGUAAAAAACCAUAGCCUAACUGAAAAAUAUCACUGCCCAAAAUGUGGAGAAGAAUUUAAACAUGACACCUCAUAUGUGCGGCACAUGCGUAUUCAUGAAAUUGGAAAAGAGUUUUUGUGUUCUGUAUGUGGCAAAGGAUACUCCACGAAACAUGCUUUGGAAUGCCAUAUGGAAAAUGGACACACAAAUCGUGUGGGCAUGUGUGGCAAGAAAAUUAAUGUAUAUUGCGAGUUUUGCCAUGAGACGGUCAAAUCGGGAACUGAAUACUUGGAUCACAGGCAAACCCAUCAGGAAACAGAGGUGUACACUUGCGGUCUGUGCGAACAGAGUUUCCCCACCAAAACAAAUUUCAGCAUCCACCUGCCCAGCCACCAUAUCUACAUUUGCGAGUCAUGCGGUCGAAUUUACGAUCAGCAAACUUCGCUCGACCUGCACCGCAGCGGACAUCUAAUCAAAUUACCGGACCAAAACCAAUGCAAGGUUUGCAAAAUAACGCUCACGACAAAGUUGGGUCUGAGACGUCAUAUGCGCAUCCAUUCGAACGCCAGACCAUACCUAUGCCAGAUCUGCGGCAAAGCUUUCAAACAAAUUGCUAACUUAACAGCUCACAGUUACACACACAAUAAGGAGAGGCCAUUUGAAUGUAGCUGGUGUCACAAAAGAUUCAUUUACCAGAGCAAUUUGACGUCACACAUUCGAAUUCACACAGGAGAGAAACCUUUUCAGUGUCCCUAUUGUGUUCGCCGCUACCGAGACUCCACAUUGUUGCACAAACAUAAGAAGAGAAAACACCCAGAAAAGUUGGAACCAACAGUUGCUGAAGCCAAGGGUGCGAAGGAUGAUCCGAAUGUGUCUGACUCAGCAUUGAGUUGAAUAUAAUUAAUUUAAUGAAA